UCAUAUUUAAGUACAGUUUUGAAAUUGCAUCCAAGUUAAACAGUCAACCACAAACACUACAUCAUAUCGCCGUGUUUAUAGUCUUUAAAUUGACUAUUUCAAAAGCAUUUUAUUGCUUGAAGUUGACUAUGAACGGUGAAUAUGGUAGAUAUAGUCAUAAUUGACGAGGAGGACCCUCCAACAUCAUAUAGUGUUGACAAAAUGGUGUUAUUACUAUCAAAGAGGAAAGCACAUCCACAAGUCUUUCAAAAGGAUCCACAUGUUUUUGCAAUCACCAACACAAAUGUACCAAGAGCACAGCGAAAGAUCAAUAAGAAUACUGCGUCUACCUCACAAACAACAAAACAAGUGACAUUCCUUGAAGUAGUGUAUGAACGCAGGUCUGAAAAUCUCAGAAUUCUACCAUUACCACAUCAUUCUAAAGAAGCAAAACAGAGCAUAAAUAAGGAGAACCAUUGCAACCAACAGCAAGAUAAUUCAGAAAAGACAACAGACAAUGUGAAAAGCUUUUUAAAAAGAAAGCGUCGCGAUGAAGAGCUACCCUGUGACUCACCAACAACUUUAUCAAGAUUCAAGCAUAUACUUUUUGUUGAUUUAGACAACUGGGGACCAUUUUUACGUUUAAGUGUGCCAUUACCACGAAACACAUAUGUUUGGGUAUUUCAUGGGGGAAGAACUGUUCCUAUUUCUGAGAAAAAGUGGUCACAGAAUUUCAGGGAUUUGUUAUUGCAAAAAAGAUGUUUCUUGCAUCCUAAGUGCAGCAAUCGAAAGAAUGCAGCAGAUUUUGCCAUCUGUGUAUACAUUGCAAAAUGUGACUGUGUUUUGAAAAAGGAUAUUCAAUUCACUGUGUUGUCUGGUGAUUCUAGCUUCCAAGAGCUGGGCUCUCAAAUUCAUAGCAGAAAACUGACUUUUGUCAACCCUCAUGAUCCAAAAUUUAAAAACCAUGAUAUUCUAUACACAUUGCUUAGCAACAUGUGUCAUUCAUGAAAUGAUAUGUCAAAUGACAUUUAACAUCACUGCAGUCAGGUGGAGAUGAUGAAAUAUUAAGUUCCGUCGUUUUGGGUCUCAUCUUACUCACCCUGUUAUCACACAAAGUUGGCAAAGAUUUUCAUUUCGUACAACAUUGUUGAGUUCAAAUUGUAGAAUAUAUAUAGUCUAUCUAUACUUGUAAAAAGGUGUUCAAGUUAUAAGAGUUCUCGUCAAUAUUGGAACAAUAUAUUCGCAUGACAAAGGAUAUUGACAUCAUGAUUCAAGAGUGUUGGAAGCAUGUUUGGAAUCAAAUUGUUUUCCAAAGGGGCACAUACAAUAUUUUUCAUCAACUUGAUGAACAUAUGUAGAAUGGUAGCCUCCUUUUUUCACCAACUAACAGAAGAAAAAACUAGUUUUCGCUUUCAGGCUUCAUGAAUAUUUAUGACGUCACUCUGACGUCGAAGAUAAUUUCCUUGCUGGUAGUUACUAGUUUCCACUUUCAGGCUUCAUGAAUAUUUAUGACGUCACUCUGACGUCGAAGAUACUUUCCUUGCUGGUAGUUACUAGUUUCCACUUUCAGGCUUCAUGAAUAUUUAUGACGUCACUCUGACGUCGAAGAUACUUUCCUUGCUGGUAGUUGCUGACAUUUUUUUCGUUACCAGAUAUGUUAUUAAUGCUUUUUUGUAAUAUUUCAUUAAUUUAAGUUGAAUAUAAGCAAUAAGCCGUACCAAGAA